AUUUAAUACCAUGGCGGAGGCCGGAGGGAGUACUCUUGGUUGUUCGGUGAUCACUCCUACCCCUCCUCUCUGCGUAGUUCGUACAUGUAAGUCCCAAUAUAUAAAUAGACAUUCAGCAGCUUCAAGCAAGACAUCUACAGACAAGUGUAAGGGAUUAGCUUCCCUUCCUCUUCGGAAUCUCUGAAUAAUUUUUUCCAGAUCUUUCGAUGGCUUCGUUGGGGAUUGUAAAGCUCUUUCUCAAUAUAUUUUUCUGUCUCAACCUUCUGGCUUCUUCUGCUCAAGGAAAAGAGGAUUACUCGAAAUACAGAUAUCCAUUUAUCAAGGCGGCAAGCAGUUUCACAUCAUCAAGAACAUGGACGGGAAACGACAGCCCAUAUGACUACAUAAUCGUAGGAGGUGGCACGGCUGGUUGCCCGCUGGCAGCCACCCUGUCUGAGAAGUUCAGGGUUCUGCUACUGGAGCGAGGGGAUGCACCGUUUGCCAACCUAAACGUCUCCUACUUGCAGAACUUCCAUAUAUCUCUAGCAGACACCUCACCCACCUCCGCCUCCCAAGCUUUCAUCUCCACCGACGGAGUCAUUAAUGCAAGGGCUCGGGUGUUGGGUGGAGGCACUUGCAUCAAUGCUGGUUUCUAUACAAGGGCAACCCCCGGAUUCAUUAAGAAAGCAGGUUGGGACAGUGAGAUAGUAAAAGAGUCGUAUCCGUGGAUCGAGAAGCAAAUUGUUCGCUGGCCACAAGUGGCACCAUGGCAGGAGGCCUUGAGGAAUGGUCUUCUUGAAGUUGGGGUCUCACCCUUUAACGGAUUCACGUAUGACCACAUCUAUGGAACUAAGAUCGGAGGGACUACCUUCGAUAAGUCCGGCCGUCGAUACACUGCCGCCCACCUACUCGCUUCUGCAAAUCCUGAGAAUCUAAGAGUCCUGGUUCAUGCAACAGUGGAAAAGAUAUUGUUUGAUAAAACUGGGAGGCAGCCCAGGGCUGUGGGAGUCGUGUUCAAAGACGAAUACGGAAACCGACAUCAAGCAUUUGUGUCAAAGAGAAUGGAGAGCGAGGUCAUAUUAUCGUCGGGGGCUAUUGGGAGCCCUCAGCUAUUAUUACUAAGUGGGAUUGGUCCGGCAACCGACCUCAAAAGGAUGAACAUUCCGGUGGUGCUCCACAAUGAAUUCGUCGGGAAAGGAAUGUCCGAUAACCCCAUGAACUCCAUAUUCGUCCCCACCAAGAAACCAGUCAAGCAGUCGCUAAUCGAGACUGUCGGUAUUACGAAGAUGGGAGUGUUUAUUGAGGGCAGUAGCGGGUUCGGUCAAAGCUCAGAUAGCAUUCAGUGCAACCAUGGAAUCAUGUCUGCAGAGAUUGGACAGCUCUCCACCGUUCCCCCAAAGCAGAGGACCCCAGAAGCCAUCAAAGCCUACAUUGAAAGCAAGCAGAGCUUACCGCAUGAGGCCUUCAUGGGUGGCUUUGUUCUAGAGAAGAUAGUCGGACCGCUGUCGACGGGUGAGCUCAGCCUGAUUAGCACCGACGUUGAUGACAACCCUUCUGUUACCUUCAACUACUUCAGUCAUCCUUACGAUCUAAAGCGCUGCGUAUACGGCAUUCGCAUGAUCGAGAAGGUGGUGCAGACGAAGCACUUCGCCGACCUCAUAAACUCCGACAUGCCCGCUGUGGAGAUGCUUCUCAACAUGAGCAUCAAAGCUAAUGUGAACUUGAUACCCAAGCAAACCAAUGACACCAAGAGUCUAGAGCAGUUCUGUAAGGACACAGUGACCACUAUCUGGCACUACCAUGGUGGUUGCCAUGUGGGCAAGGUGGUCGACGCCAAGUACAAGGUUCUCGGUGUUGAUGGCCUCCGUGUUGUGGAUGGUUCAAUAUUCAAUACUUCUCCCGGAACAAAUCCGCAAGCUACAGUCAUGAUGAUGGGCAGAUAUAUGGGAGUUAAAAUACUAAGAGAACCAUUGGGAAGAGCAGCUGGUGUAUAAAUUGGAGCUGUUGCAUGCAAUAGAAGCUGCACCAAGGAAAUUUAAUUUGAUUAUACUAAUUCUUGCCAAAGAAAAUGCAUCAAAAGAAGAAUUUCAUUGUAUUACAUGUGACAAUUAAUUCAAAUGCUUUUCUUUCUCA